AUCGCGGGCAGCUGGAAGACCGGCUGACUCUCACACAUCAUGCUAGAAGCAUUUUUCCGUGUGAGAAAGAUAUAUUACAUGAUCAUUGCCGUUAUUGGUGCCCCUGUGAAUUUGGCAGCGAUUGUUAUUCUGACCCGGGGAAAUUGCGGCCUCUCCAUCUGCACCACUCGCUACCUGGUGGCCAUGGCAACGGCGGAUCUACUAACCAUUAUCUUUCGGGUAAUAUUAUGGAGGAUCAGUUAUUAUUACUUCCCCGGGACUUUCCUGGACAUCACCCCCGUGUGCAGUGCGAUCGCUGCAUUGGGACUGGCAGCCACAGACUGCUCUGUCUGGUUCACGGUCACUUUUACGUUUGAUCGGUUUGUCGCCAUCUGUUGUCAGAAGCGGAAAAUAACGUAUUGCACGGGAGAAACUGCGGCUGUGGUUCUGACAGCAAUCGGCGUUCUGUUCUGUUUCAAUAAUGUGCCCUACUUCUUUAUCUAUCAUCCCGCGAAAGUGGUUGAAAAUAUACCCUGGGACUGUAUUACGAAGCCGAGCUACUAUACGGAUCCAGGGUGGGUGGGAUAUGACUGGCUUACUACAGUUCUAUCGCCAUUACUCCCAAUCCGGCUCUCCAGUGUAAAUACUGAUCAGUCAAAUGACCUACAGCAUCGUUUCUUCUUGGCAACGGAGAGGAAGCCGCGCACCUUGCGGAAGUAUUUCCUUCAGAAGGAAAUACUCACAAAAGGAACUAACCUGGAGGGACUCUCCGGGGACUAUGUACAGAGCUUCCGGUUCGUUCCUUGUAGGGGCGAGGUCGAGGUUACAGUGCUCCGGGAAAUAGGGCUGACGGAAAUAAUCGAUAUAAUCUGGCCACCCAGCAGCAGCCGGAUAAUUUAUGGAAUCAGGGCAGAAAAACGUAAGCACAUCGCUGAACGACUGAUUGCAAAUGACUUCAAAACAAUCUUCUCCGAUGGAGCCCAACAACUUAAAACCAGCAUUUCAAAGUGUUCAGCAGCAGCUUCCGGUGCUCGUUAA